CUUACUAUUUUUGCCAUAAGAAUUUUUUAAAAGCAUGUGCAGUUUGUUCCUUCCCAGGAACAAUAAUAUUAUGGACCAUAAUUUCCAAGGAGAUUUGACAGACAUAUUACGAGCCAGUGGUAGUACUAGUGCUGGACCUUCUUCUGUGAAUUCCGGUUAUGGCGAAUUAGGACUUCCGAACAUUACAGACGACAACAACAACAGCAACUGGCAGUUCCCCUCUGAUCUUCCCUUAAAUUUCCCAUCAAUAUCCUCCAUGGAAGACCUUCCUCGGGACAGCUUCGGAGAUCCCUUUUCCAACAUGAGAGAUCCGCUUUUCCACGAGCUCAGCGACGUCCCUCCCGGCCCCGCCUUUUUCGGAAGUCCUAAUUCGGAAAACAUCAUCAGCGACGGCGGUGGCGGUGGCGGUGGUUUUGGCGAGAUGCUAGGGCCGAGCCAUCAUCAUCAUCAUGUCGGUCUUGAUCAUCAUCAUCAAGAGGACGUGAAGUUUAGGCCAAGCUGCAACAUCUUCUCCCGGAUGCUCCAGAUCAAUCCGAGUGGAAAGCUGCCCGCGGCCACGGCGGCGGCGGCUGGAGCUACGACGUCGUCACCGCAAUGCGAUUCGGCGGCGAAUAUGGCCACCGCAGCCUCGCCGAGGGGAAUUAAGGCUGCUGCUGUGAUUUCAGGAGACAUGAUUAAUGUGAACAGCUCACAACAAGGUUGCUUGGUUGAGAACAACACCGGUUCUGGGAUGCAGAUCUCAUCGCCACGGAAUCCGGGUAUCAAGAGAAGAAAGAGUCAGGCAAAGAAGGUGGUAUGUAUUCCAGCACCAGCGGCGGCAAACAGCAGAGCCAGUGGAGAAGUAGUUCCUUCUGAUCUUUGGGCUUGGAGAAAGUACGGUCAAAAACCCAUCAAAGGUUCUCCUUAUCCAAGGGGGUACUACAGAUGCAGCAGCUCAAAGGGCUGUUCCGCAAGAAAACAGGUGGAAAGAAGCCGAACUGAUCCAAACAUGUUGGUCGUAACCUACACUUCUGAGCACAACCAUCCAUGGCCGACUCAGAGAAAUGCUCUCGCCGGCUCAACUCGGUCUCAGCCAUCAAAAAACAACAACAACAACGCAACCAUAAUAAAGAACUCUCCAAUAAAUUCUCAUCUUCAUCAAAAGAAUAAUAAUAAUGAUAAUGUCACAGCUUCUACGACAAGCCCAAAGGAAGAACAAAAGGAUCAUCAGAUCAUAAUAAGUAACAACGUUGAGAACAACAACAACGGGAGUACUUCAACGACAAGUGCUUCUAUGAAGGAAGAGGUUGAUCAGGACGUCAUUGAGAAGCAGCUGGAUAGUCUCGACGACAGUGCGUUUAUCUAUACUGCUCCUCCUUCUGAGGUUGGGUUUGGUUAUAGGCCGGCAAUGCCGGGAUCGAACCAUGAUCAGGACAGCUUCUUCGCUGAUUUAGGAGAAAUCGAAGCUGACCCACUAAACCUCUUGUUUGGCCAAGCUGGUUUCUCGUCUUCAUCGUCAUCAGCAGCAGAUCAUGAUCAUCAACACAAGGGAAUGAUGAUGAGUAAUAAGGGUUUGGAUCCUUUCAAUCUGUUUGACUGAUCAGGAGGAGACAACGACAACGACAACGACAACGACAACGACAACAAAAACAACAACAAACAACGACAACAAACAACAACGAGAGUAGAGAUAACAUGGUCAUAAUACUCUUUUUUUUCCCUUAAGUUAGUAGUAUUAGUUUGAUAAUAUUCAAGGUCGUGAUCAUCCUGGGUAUAAACCUAGUCGUGAGUCUGGAUUGAGUUUUUUGUUGUUGAGGUUUUUGUUAUUUCUUUAGUUUUUAAAUCUUAGGAAGAGGGUUUU